CCAGUCUCAUCACCUCUGACGUCUAGCAGCAGCAGCUUGUUACCUGACGGAGAAAUACCUUCUGGCCUCAAGGACCUGAACCAGGAAGCAAACAGAGAUGGGAAAGCUCCUUUUUGCCGUUGUUGUGGCCAUCGCAUCCCUUGCUUUGGUGGAGUCGUUGAUCUGCAACAAAUGCUCCGCUAGCGUGUUUGGCUUCUGCUUGAACUCCUCCAACGAGACCUGCACCGGGAACGACACCGUCUGCUACACCGGGAAAGCAAGUUUUCCAAUAACAGGCUUUGGUGGCAUCAGCAACCAGGGCUGCAGGGUGAACGACACUAGCUGCAACAGAACCAGUACAUCAUCUCUGCUGGGCGUCUCCUACAACACCACGAUCGCCUGCUGCAGCACGGACCGGUGCAACCCCGUCACCAUCACCAGCGCCGCACCGGCCAAGAUGUCUGCCGCCAUCACCGGCGCCAUCCUGGCCUCCGUCCUGGGAAGCAUGUUGUAAUCAGAUUACACCACACAACCGGCUACAUGUAGCUUCUCAAGCUAAACCCCUGUC